GCCGUGUUUACGAUUUUUAGCGAAUUUAUGGACGACUUUCAAGAACAACUUCAUAAAUAUCGCCUGCGGAAAAGAAGAAAGGAGGUGGUUGAUAAAUUUAAAAGCAAAAUUCGAUUUCCUUGGCCAUUUGGCAAAGCUGAACGACAAAUGGAAGUCGUUGAGAUAACAAAGGAAGCCGACAAAUCACCAUCCACAAGCCUCUCAGAAGACGAUUUCAUCGAAGAUAGCGUUGGACACACGUUGGACCCACCUAAGGAGACGUGGAGGGAUGGAAAGUGUUUAAAAUAUACGCUCUGGACGGUUUAUUUUUGUUUUUGGGUCACAGUUUAUAUUAUUGCCAUUGAACUUAAAUUUGGCAUAGUAUUCUUAAUGUUUUCUGCGCUCUUUAUGAUUUAUUUCAACACUCGCACCGGACCGAAAAAGCCCAACGAGAUUAGUGCCUAUAGUGUGUUCAAUAAAGAUUUCCAGAGCAUUGAUGGAACUCUUAAAGCGGAGCAAUUUGAGCGAGAAAUACGGUACGGCUCGAGUAGUGUGCGUUAAAAUGUUUCAAAUACAAGUAGUAUCGUCUCUGUAUCUUCUCUGCAAUUUAUGUUUAAAUGACUGUUUUCUUAUUCUAUAUAUCAGCAAGACCCCAUAUCAAAAAAACAAUGUAGAAUAUCAUACUUGACGUACACUUGAAUUUAUCGUACUAAGUGUAUGUAAAUAAUAUUGAAUACUAGGCCAAUUGAUAAUUCCCGAAAUUUUUUUAUAAUUCCGACAUGUUUUUUCGCUUUCAAGAUAGUACAUGAAGAUAUUUCCAAUAAAUGUUGAACAGAAACUUAAGCCAAUCCAUAAUAAACAAAUAGAGUGAAACAUGUUUUAAGCCACAAUUCAUUUAUACAGUUUGUGAAAGAAAGCAGUUUGAAAACACAACAUAAAAUGUAAAUUAUAAAUUUUAUUUUAUCGUUAAAUUUUAAUUGGGUAGGAAGUUUUCUAGCUCUGCAUAUACUUAAGCACAAUUAU